AUGUCGCGCUUGUUCCUGCGCGCCGUGGCGUCCCCCCGCUCCGUGAUAGCGCUCGCUGCCGCCAGCACCUUCACCGCCAUUCGCGUCUGUCCAGCCUCCUGCGACGAGGACGCCUCAUUCGCCAAGCCAACAUUCUCCGAGCGCACGAUCGGCAAGUACGAGAACCGCCUGCGCCAGUUCAGUUCGCCCGAGCGCGUGUUCGCGUACUUCUCGAGCGUUGAGAUCGACGACCGGCCGUACAUGACGCGAGGCGACUUGGCGCGGGCCGUGACGCCCUAUCCCUAUCGCCACGGAGCUCCGCUGCUGUCGAAGAACCCGCAGUUCAACGCCAAAGCCAGUGCCGACAAGACGCCGAAAGCCGUAGCGGACGAAUACCUGCGACGCGUGCAGACGCUCCUGCUCGAGAGUGAUCGCGUGUCGCAAGCGGACGUGCAGGAGCUGCUGGCGUUCCGAGACGAGCAGCACGUGGACUUUGAGACGCACGUCAAGACGCUGAGGGCACUGGAGAUUACGAACGCCGAGUUCGAUCAGUUCGUUGAGCUCUACGGGUGUUCACCGCCGCGUGCAAAGACAUUCUUCGAUAUGGUCGAUGCGGACGGCGACGGACUUAUCUCGUACGCCGAGUACAGUUUCUUUUGCACGCUGCUUGCAAUUCCGGAGCAGCACUUUGAGUUGGCGUUCAAGAUGUUUGACACGGACGACAAUGGCCAGCUUGACCAUCGCGAGUUCCAGCAGAUCAUGGACUUGAUGCGGCUGCGAACGCCUGCAGGUCGCCAAGACCGGUCACUGCAUGAUGACAAUGUGCCCAUCUUCAAGCACUUGUUUGGCGAGCUGGCCACGAAGUCGCUGUCGUACGACGAGUUCUGUGCCUUCCGUCGCGGUCUAAAGCACGAGAUCAUGCGCAUUCAGAUAUCCUUUCACUAUGAUGUAGAUAGCGACAACGCUCUUUCGCCGCGGGAGUUUGGCAUGUUCUUGGUCUCACACGUUCAUCAGCGUCACAUUGGAAAAUGGGUCGAGCGCGUGGACAAGUUGUGUGAUAUGAAGGGUCACGUCACGGAGCAAGAGUACAUGGAUUUCAGCAUUCUUCUCGAACACCUGGACAAGUUGGAAGUGGCCAUGGAUCUCGUGAUGCAGGCGCAUGGUGUGGACAAAGUGCAAUUUCAGCGCGCUACGAAGGCAGCAAUGUGCGGAAGCAUCUACACCAAAGUUAUCACCCCUCUGCAAAUCGACAUCCUCUUUGCUCUGUUUGACCUCAACGGCGACGGACAUUUGUCGACGAAGGAGUUCAUCGACGUCAUGCGAACACGCAAGGACAACGGGCUCAACGAGCCUCGUGACAUAGGUGUCUUCCAAUUGCUCGGACGCAUCAAAGAGUGUAUUGAGUGCACCAUGUAA